AUGAACGGGCGCAAUUCUGCUAAUGUAACAAAUUUGGAAUAUGUGAAUGUCGUCGCUGAUGCUGGAAAAAAUGUUACUAUUCUGUGCCCAGGCGUCUCCGAGCACUCGCUGGUCGAUACUUUGGUGUGGAAGACCUCAACAACCACAAUAGCACAGUUUGCCAAUCGGAUACAGCAUCUGCAUAGUCCGAGGAUACAACUUCUCUCGGAUAAUUUUGGGCUGCAAUUUAACCCCGCCAAAGCCACAGAUACGGCUGAGUACUUCUGCCUAGUCAAUGAUCGUCACAUACCGGAGGCGAUUGUGGACUUAUUGGUGCAAGAUGUACCCGAUCCACCUGAGCGCCCACUUUUAAUAAGUUUUACUUCGCGUUCUGUGAAUCUUUCUUGGGCGCAUUCUCAGCAUCCACGAAAUGCACCAGUGACGCAUUUUAUUAUUGAGACUCGUGUCGGCGAAGACGGUUCAUGGGAUCAAGUACCACAAAUUUUAACGAAAUCGAAUGCGACAUCAUAUCAAGUCACUGGACUUACACCCUUCACGGUUUACAGCUUUCGCUUGCUGGCGGUGAACAAAUUGGGUAUCAGCCCACCGUCCAAAGAAUCCUACUACAUUUUUACAUUGCGUGAGGCACCAACUGGCAAGCCGAUUCCCACCACCGCCCACAACACCUCGUCCACGUCCGUGUAUAUAUCGUGGAAAGCCCCACCUGCCGACACCAUCCUCGGAGAGUUUCUCGGCUACCGCAUCACGUAUCGGCCGCGGGAUCGCAAUGACACCAAAGAGAUUUACAUACGCGACAGCACCGUCGAGAGUCAUGAAAUAACUAAUCUGGAGACUUACACGCAGUACAAAGUCACAGUGCAAGUUUUCAAUCCCGAAGGUUUGGGUCCGGAGACCACCAUACUAGUGAUGACCGAUGAAGGAGAGUACAUAAGUUCCAUGUAA